GUGAAAGGCGUAUGACCAAAUAGGCAAAGUCUUGUAGACAAGCGCGCUGUGGGCAACCACGAGCCGUGGCGCUGAGCCAGGCGACGCGAACGAUGAUAACGUUGUAAGUUGCAACAUCAUUCCCCAGUUGUCGCCAUUGUACGUAAGCACGCUGAACGGGAGGGUCGGGCCCGAUGGAGGUCUCGGGCCCCAUCGCACGCUCACGUGCCCGAACUCCCAUCGCGUGCGGCUUCCUCUCCAUGUUAUAUCAUUCGCACUACGUAACUUUUACUGUCGAUCCACAGCCCCAUUGCAUUUCUGCAGUUGCCAGCGCGCCGUGAAAGAAGGCACCAGCGCUAGGCCUUGCAGCGUCGGCGCGACUCCGUUUGAGCGGUCUGCGGCGAGUGUAUCGACGUGAGUAUAGGGUUGACGGCCCCAGGCCGCCCACGCAGCUGCCCCCAGCGCCGCACGCCCCAGCAGGCGCCGCUCCGCGCUAGCCUAGCCUCCUCCUCCCAGCAGCCAUGGCUCAACUACAGCAGCACCAGGGCCGUGCCGCCGCCGCGCAGCCGAAGCGCGCUCGCCAGCUGGCCGUGGCGCCUCGCGCCGCGCUCACCUUCAACCCGGCUAGCCUGUUCAAGGGCCUGACCAGCAGCAAGCCCACGCCCAAGGACGCAGCCUUCACCAAGCAGGUCAUUGCCGAUGAGUCCAAGUACGUGCUGCAGACUUACGGCCGCGCGCCGGUGGUGAUCUCGCAUGGCAAGGGCGCAAAGAUGUGGGAUGUCGAGGGCAAGGAGUACAUCGACAUGGCCGCGGGUAUCGCGGUCAACGCACUGGGCCACUCCGACUCGCAGUGGUACGCGGCGCUGGUGGAGCAGGCUGAGAAGCUGGCGCACACCAGCAACCUGUACCACACGCAGCCACAGGUGGAGCUCGCGAAGCGGCUUGUGGAGAACUCUUUCGCCGACAAGGCCUUUUUCUGCAACACCGGCACCGAGGCCAACGAGGGCGCGAUCAAAUUCGCUCGCAAGUGGGCUCGCGUGCGCGCCGGCAUCGAUCCCUACGACGGUGGCGCAGUGGCGCCGUACGAGCUGGUGUCCUUCACCUCCUGCUUCCACGGCCGUACCAUGGGCGCGCUGGCGCUGACGUACAAGGAGCAGUACAAGACGCCCUUCUACCCCAUGAUGCCCGGCCACCAGCUCGCGGAGUACAACAACCUGGAGUCGGCGGCGGCGGUGAUCAAGAAGGGCAAGACGGCGGCGGUAUUCGUGGAGCCGGUGCAGGGCGAGGGCGGCGUGACGCCCUCCACGCAGGCGUUCCUGAAGGGCCUGCGCCAGCUGUGCGACGAGGCGGGCGCGCUGCUGGUGUUUGACGAGGUGCAGUGCGGCCUGGGCCGGACAGGCAAGCUGUGGGGUCACCAGCUGUUCGGUGUGGAGCCGGACAUGAUGACGCUGGCUAAGCCGCUGGCGGGCGGACUGCCCAUCGGCACCGUGCUGCUCAAGCAGCAUGUGGCCGACGUCAUGAAGCCGGGCGACCACGGCUCCACGUUCGCGGGCAACCCGCUGGUCUGCCACGUGGCGUGCAGCGUGUUCGACAUCAUCAACAGCCCCGCCUUCCUCGCGGCCGUGGAGGCCAAGGGCGAGCGCCUGCGCGCAGGCCUGCGCCGCACCAUGGCCGGCAACCCGCACGUGCAGGAGGUGCGCGGCGUGGGCCUACUGGUGGGCGUCCAGCUGGACAUGAUGGCGGGCCCGGUGGUGGACGCGGCGCGCGACAUGGGUGUUAUGGCCAUCACCGCCGGCAAGGGUGACGUCAUCCGCCUGGUGCCGCCGCUGGUGGUGACGGAUGCGGAGAUCGACACGGCCUGCGAGGUGCUGGCGGCGGCGCUGAACAAGGUGGCGCCCAAGUAGGCGGACAGGGCUGGAGGAAGAGAGGGCUGGCGGAGGUUGGUGGAGGCUGGCAGGGGUGGAGAGGCGCAUGAGUACUGGGCGCGGUGCGGGUGUCUGAGAGUGGGGUGUUAUGGCGGUGUUGAGUUGGAUGGCGGGCGGGCGGGUGUUGCUUGUGUUGGGAGGGGGACUCCUGCAGAUUAAGCGGUUGCCGCUGGGCCGGAGCGUUUGAAGCAUGAGUGGUAUCAAGGGAAGGCGCAUGGGUACCGCGCUGGAGCGUCCUGACUUUUGACGUGUCCUGAACCAGAACCAUUGACAUUCAGGUUCCCAGAAGAAACAGUGCUGUCGUGGCCUUGUGGGUUAGAGCGGAAAGGGACGUGAGCAGUGCCUGUUACUCAGGCAGAAUAGGGCAGGGCAGGGCGGCACUAUCAUGCAAGGGGUCCACGUGAGUGGGGGAAGAGGUUCAUAUGUUGAGGGAGCGCCAUUUUGCUGUGCGUCACUGCUGUGGCGUGCUGCUGUGGGGUUUCCGGGCCAAUCAUCUUGAAACUUUCAGCUGAGAGUCUUGGGCGUGGGGUCAAGGGAGCAUGGAAACCGCCGAUGAAGGCCGAUCUGGCUCGAGUGAUACCAGUGCCUGUUGGCGGUGGGCAUAACUGUACCGGAUUGUGAUCAGCUGACGUGGCAGAUGUGGGCCGUGGUGCCUAGGUGCCAUCGUGCUGAGGGCGCCCGAUGUGCAAGAGCUUGCAAAUCAUGAAUGAAUUACAGUGGUGGAACAUGGAGACAGCUCCCUGGUCUGCUCAUGUCCGCCCAGCACGACCAGGACGUUGCGCAAAGCCCGUUGCGCACUUGCGCAUCCUGUUCGAGACCCAAAGUACACAAUCCCGUUGCGAUGAAACGAUAGAUGCGCGCAUGAAUGACAGUGCUGUUUGGCUGUGCCAACUGGCCUGCACUUGCUCGCACUCCAUGACACGACCCAGCCUUUCUAUGCGGGUGUAGGACGCAGUACUUACUUCGAUUACUUACUUCGAAUGUCAUCCCGCUUACUUCGAAUGUCAUCCCGACAUCCGCAUUUGCAUUAAUGCCAUACAUGUCACUGCCACCUCAGGAAAGCCGCGCGCAACCAACACUGCUGCUUGGCCAUACCGGUCGUAACCCAUACAGCGCGUCUCAAUCG